CUCUGUCGCCUUGGCAACGGGACGCAGGGGCUCGCGCGCGGCGAGGUGGCAGUUUGGGUCUGGUCCUGUGGAAUCGUAUCAUGUCGCGCCCGAAGAAUCAAAAUUACAAGGGCCAUGGAUUAUCAAAGGGAAAAGAGCGAGAGCAGAGAGCUUCAAUCCGAUUCAAGACCACUCUCAUGAAUACUCUCAUGGAUGUCCUUCGCCACAGGCCGGGCUGGGUAGAAGUAAAGGAUGAAGGGGACUGGGAUUUCUACUGGUGUGACGUCAGCUGGCUCCGGGAGAACUUUGACCACACCUACAUGGACGAACAUGUGCGGAUCAGUCACUUCCGAAACCACUACGAGCUGACGCGCAAGAACUACAUGGUGAAGAACCUGAAGCGGUUCCGGAAGCAGCUGGAGCGCGAGGCAGGGAAGCUGGAGGCAGCCAAGUGCGACUUCUUCCCCAAAACCUUUGAGAUGCCAUGCGAGUACCACCUGUUCGUGGAAGAGUUCCGCAAAAACCCGGGGAUCACCUGGAUCAUGAAGCCUGUAGCCCGGUCGCAGGGAAAGGGCAUUUUCCUCUUCCGGAGGCUGAAGGACAUCAUGGACUGGAGGAAGGGCACCGCUGGGAAGAAGCUCACCAGCUCAGAGGCCCAGCCAGCCCGGAGCGCUGUCAAUCCACCCGGAGGCCAUGACGCGAGAAGUUCUGAUGACCAGAAGGAUGAAAUCCCCGUGGAGAACUAUGUAGCUCAGCGCUAUAUCGAAAACCCCUACCUGAUAGGAGGCCGCAAGUUUGACCUGCGCGUCUACGUGCUGGUGAUGUCGUACAUCCCGCUGCGGGCCUGGCUGUACCGGGACGGCUUCGCCCGAUUCUCCAACACCCGCUUCACACUGAGCAGCAUCGAUGACCAGUAUGUUCACCUCACCAAUGUCGCUGUGCAAAAGACCUCUCCUGACUACCAUCCAAAGAAGGGCUGCAAGUGGAUGAUCCAGCGCUUCCGCCAGUACCUGGCGUCCAAGCAUGGGCCGGAGGCGGUGGAGACGCUCUUCAGCGACAUGGACAACAUCUUCAUCAGGAGCCUGCAGAGCGUGCAGAAAGUGAUCAUCAGCGACAAGCACUGCUUUGAGCUGUACGGCUAUGACAUCCUCAUAGACCAGGACCUCAAACCGUGGCUCCUGGAGGUCAACGCAUCCCCAUCGCUGACAGCCAGCAGCCAGGAGGACUAUGAGCUCAAGACCUGCCUUCUGGAAGAUACCCUGCAUGUCGUGGACAUGGAGGCCAGGCUCACAGGAAGGGAGAAGCGAGUGGGAGGCUUUGACCUCAUGUGGAAUGAUGGCCCUGUCAGCCGAGAAGAGGGGGCUCCUGACCUGUCAGGGAUGGGGAAUUUUGUGACCAACACACACCUUGGCUGUGUCAACGAUCGGAAAAAACAGCUGAGGCAACUGUUCCGCUCCCUUCAAAGCCAGAAGAAAGCCUCCAGUUAGUCCCCGCGGUGGGGAGGAAAGCGACCCUGGGAGGUGCCAGCACAGUCCUCUCCCCCCUCUUUCCAGCACAGCGGUGCCUCCAAGCACUCACCUCCCUCCCUCUGGCCUGGCAGCAGCGUUGCUGCUUACUGCUUGUUCCACGUCCCCUGGAUGCCCCCACCUGGGCACCUCUGCACCAGGAGACGGCCAAUCCCUGGGACUAGAUGCGUAUUAACCUUGAGGGAUUGGCCUGGCCAUUGGGCCUGACAAGGACAACCGCAGCAAGUUCUGCUACCCCAGAGAGAUCCUGUCUAAUAAAUGAGAACAGACCUCA